AUGAUGCUCCAAAUAGAACAAAACAAUUUACUCAUUCAAAAAACAUUAACAGAAAGAUUAUUCCCCAAUGGAGAUUCAUUAAAAUCAUUAGAUAGAAUAAUAACAGAUUUUGAUUUUACAACUUUUCAUAUAUCUGGUAAGACUGAAUUAUUAAUAUCAAUUAAUUUAAAAUGUUGGAAUGAUUUAUUAAAAUAUGGAGUUCUGGAAUAUUUAAAUUCAAAAUAUUCUAAAUUUAAUAAUUUAAAAAUAUUAUCAAAAUCUGAAAUUGAACCUGGUUAUGAUUAUUCAAUUAUAUUAAAUUCUGAAAAUUCAUCAAAUGAAGAUGAUGAAGAUACUAAAUUAGAUUUAAUUAAUGAAUUAAGUCUUUUGAAAAGAAACGCAUUAGCUGCACCAUUCCAUAAAGCUUUUAAUAGGUAUGAUGAAUUAGUUAAAAAAUAUUCUAAUUCAAAUACUUAUGCAGAAGAAGUUCAACAAGAAUUAUUUAAUGAAGAUGUUUAUGUUAUAAAAUAUAGAGGAGCUGAUGAAUGUAUUUUUAUAAAACCAUCUUUUGAUAGAGUUACUGUUAUUUUUUCAACUGCUUUUAAAGAUGAAACUGAUAAAAUAUUUGGUAAAGUAUUUUUACAAGAAUUUGUUGAUGCAAGAAAAAGAUCAGUACAAACUGCUCCUCAAGUAUUAUAUUCACAUAAUGAACCACCAUUAGAUAUUUCCAAUUACGUUUCCACAAAGGAAAAUCAAAGUUUUAUUACAUUUGUUUUAUUUCCAAGACAUUUAGUUAAAGGAGAUAAAAGAGAAAAUUGUAUUUCUCAUAUUGAAAUGUUUAGGUCUUAUUUCCAUUAUCAUAUUAAAUGUUCAAAAGCUUAUAUGCAUUCAAGAAUGAGAUUUAGAGUUAAAGAAUUUUUAAAAAUUUUAAAUAGAGCAAAACCUGAAAAUUUAGAUGAUGAAGGUAAAAUUAUUGAAAAUAGAAAAACUGCAAGUGGUAGAAGAUUCGAUAUAAAAAGUAACUAA